UCGCCGUGGAGCGCUCAAAAAACUAUCGUUUGAUUUAUAAUACCUCUAACACGUGUUCCUGUUAUUCUUUGGGCUCACUCCGUAUCAAUGCGUUGUCGGAGCCCAUUCAAAAAAGUGAUCGGCCCCGAAAAAAUUCGGAUUUUAAUCGCUCGUCGUUUUUUCGGAAAAAAUUUCGUGAUCCUCAGUCGCUGCCGCGCUCUCGCGUGACGUACUUCCGUAGAAUUUUUUCCCCGACUAAAUUUUCCGGGAAAAAAAUUAAAAAAGUGGAAAAAAAUAAAAUUCGCGCGCAAAGUUACGGGAUGUGGAUCAGUUAACGCAAGGAUACUCCGGUUCCCGAAACAGUCGCCUGGAAUGAUUGUGAUCUCCUCCGAGUAGAUUAAUAGUCGCAACCCUUUCAGCCAUUGUUCUCCGCGCGUCUUUUGCAACGAGCCUUUCUCAGUGUGUGUUGUGCAAAAUUCCUCGCCGAGGUCAGCGCCUCGCCUUAGUGUGACUAAUCGCAGCUAUUGAGAACGCUCCGGAAUACAUUAGUGCCCCGCAGAACGCAUCCUCCCUUGUGCAAGUGUAAAAAGUGCAUUGUGUAAUCCCAGGAAAGUGAUACCCCGCCGAAAUCCUCGUGAUCAAGAUGAGAGAGUUAUCAGUGCAUCAUGUUCACCACCCAACGACCCGCAUUAGAAUCUUGUAGUCCGGCUUCGUGGUAGUGUGUAAAAUUAAGUUUUUUGGGAUUUUCGGGUGUGCAGUGUGACAUUUUCGAUGAACAUGAGCUCCUACCAGUUCCUGAACCACUUGGGGUACCCCCAAAGUGGUGGCCAAGGCCAGGGUCGGUCGGGGGCCAGCCCGGUUGACCCCACCGAGGGCAGCCCCAGCUCGGACUACUACAACCCCAACGCGGGGGUUGUCGGGUCCUACGCGGUGGGCAGCGGGUGCUACUCCCCCCAGGCGCAAUACAACGCGGCCGCCGUGCAAUACAUGCAACAGUCCCCCGGGGGCAUGAUGGACUACACCCAGCUCCACACGGCCUCGCACCCCCGGCUCAGCCAACACCUCCAACCCCUGAACUCACUGCCGUCGCCGGAGGCCUUGCCUUCGCCGAUCCUCAACAAUAACAACAACAACAGCACCCCGGUGACGGGGAUGGGGGGCCAGAGCUGCAAGUACGCGGACUCGACGACGACGGCCCCCUCGGCGAACGGGGUGGCGUCCCCGCAGGACCUGAGCACCUCGGGCCCCGGCCAGCCGCGGUCCCCCGGGCCCCUCCAGGUGAAGACCUCGCGGUCCUCCACGUCCUCGGCUAUGUCGCCGCCGCUUUUGGGGGCCCAGAGCUCGGGGCCCGCGUCCCAGACCUCCUCGUCGCCCGCCUCCUCCACCUCCUCGUCGUCGACCCCCGGCCCGAACAACUCCUCCACCUCCGGCAGCAAGUCCUCCGGCAACCCUCCGCAGAUCUACCCCUGGAUGAAGCGGGUGCACCUAGGACAAAGAGUGCCAGUAGUUACGGCUGAAGGUACGGUGAACGCGAACGGGGAAACGAAGCGACAGCGAACGUCGUACACGAGAUACCAAACGCUAGAACUAGAGAAAGAAUUCCACUUCAACCGAUACCUAACGAGGCGACGGCGGAUAGAGAUCGCGCACGCCCUCUGUCUGACCGAGCGGCAAAUCAAAAUAUGGUUCCAGAAUCGGCGCAUGAAGUGGAAGAAGGAGCACAAGAUGGCGAGCAUGAACGUCAUACCCUACCACUACCACAUGUCCCAGCCCUACGGGAACCCGUAUCAAUUCACGCAUCUGGCCACCUGAGAUUCGUAUUACUAGUCUAACUCUCGCGCCAAGGCUUAGUUUUCUCGGCAAAAGAGAUAGGCUAGUACUGCAUUUAGGUAGUUUUUUUCCAAAGAAUUCCCGCUUCGUCGCAGCGGACUGCGAUAGCCGGGGCGAUUGGCUUAAGAUUUCUUGUUCAUGUGGCUGUGACCAUGGGACAGUUUCAUCUGGAGUAUCGUAUUAUUCUACGUCUGUGAUUGGUCUGGCAGGCCACAUAUAUCUAGAGUAACUUACUAAGUAGAGUAUGGACAUUGCAGGAUCCAUUCCUAAUUGGACCGCGUGAAGCAUAAAGGAACCAAGCCACGUCAGCUAUAGCCAAAUUUGAUCGGGCAAUUUAAUAUUUUACUUAAAAAUGUUUGUGCGAAUUUUUGUGCAAAUUUCAGUGAAUUUUUUGCAAAGUAAGAGGCGUUUUCCUUAAAAUUUACAAAGGAAUCCGCAAAAACAUUCUCAUGUAAAAAAUCAAAUUGCUCCGUUAAAUUUGGGAAUGGCUAAUGUGGCUUGUUUCCUUUUUGCUGAACGCGGUUCAAUUGGCCGUCAUCUUAGGCUGGAUGGAGCUAUCUUGGGUCUAGAUAUGACGCACAUCUCAUGAAGUUGCACGCUGAAGAAAAAAAUGGUUUUUUUACUUCGUGGCUGUAUAAAUUUUGCAUGAAUAAAAGCACAUAAGCGACAAGCGUACUUCUUUCAAAACCCAAUUUUGAGAAUGAAAUUCAACAAUCAACUUUAAACAAACUUGGCACACUGAGCUUUGCGUUUUUGAGUUCGCUGAAAAGUUUAAUAUUUAGCAAGUUCUCAGUUCAAUUUUGGUUCUCUCUUGCAAAUUGGGAUGCCCCAUGUUCAUAAUAGCGAGAAAUCGAUGAUUUAAGUUGAUCACUCAUGAAUGUGUAUCAAUUUCACCACCAUUUUACUACUCUACUACAAUGUAUCAUGCUCAGUCAAAAUUUGGAAUGUCUCACUCAUAGCAAGCACUAUAAACAUAAUUUUAAAAUAGUAGGCCCUUCGCCCCAUUCGUUUGGCUUGCAGUGGCGUGGCGUGCUUUGCGAUAUAUCGAUUGAUCUGUCAUUUAAACCUAUGGAAAAGGAUCGAUUAAUAGGGUGUUCGCAGCGAACACCUUAAUAAUCGAUUCUUUACCACAGUUUUAAAUGGCAUAAUAAUCGAUACAUCGCAAUUCACGCCACGCCACUGUUGACUUGGAUCUGUAUAAAUUGCAUCUACUGGAGCAAUAUACCAGAAAUUACGUCAUAAUAGUUUGGUUUUUUUAAAGAAAGAUGAUCUCCUAGCGAUAUGGAUGUUUGGUGAGUCGUUCGUGCAAGAACUUGCCAAAUUAAAGGAAUUUGUUGCCAGCGCUAUUUUUCUCUCAUUAAUUACAGUUAGCUAUUAUGUGAAGAGAUUAAUCCAGGAAAUUUUAAUUGCGAUAAGAACAGUUGACUGGUUUUCGUUGUGCAGUUUUCUCAUCUGAAAUUUUCCUCUUCUCAUAUUCACAUCAUGUGACCGUAUAUAAUAAAAGGGACUUAAACUUCUGCGGACAUUAAAAAAUUCGUUUGUCGGGUAAAUGAAACCUAAAGAGAAAUUAGAUCGAAGUAAAAACUCGGUCUAGCAAGUCAGUUCUUUUAUUUAUUUUUUAUUUUAUCUAUUUUAUUUUUAUUAUUCUUAACGACUUUCUUUAGGAAGGCUUGAGUAUGAUUUAAUAGUUAAUCAUUUAUUUGAAUUUUAUUAGGUUUUGUGUUAUUUUUAUUGUUGUUUUUAUUAUUAUUUCUAUUUUUAAUUCCCACAACUGUGAAUAUUGAUUUUGGCUCGUAAAAUCAUGACUUGUUUUCUAAAAACACGAUCAUUAAUAUCAGCGCGACAGAUGCGUGCCCAAACAGAACUAGGAUUAAAUCUAGCAGAGCAAAAAAGCUCUUCCAGUCAUGAAUAUGACUAAUAAUUGCAAGUAAGUUCCAUAUAUUCAUUUUCGAUGUUUUCGCAAGCGAUCUCUCGCAAAAUUCAUAGCCAGAGGAGUUGUAAAAUUUAAAUAGAUAAGAAUGUGAAUGAAACUUAUCAGCAAUGGGUUCACGCAGUAUUACAUGGCUGUAUCAAAGAGCUACUUAAAAAACACCGGUAACUCUCAGAUAAACAAGUGAAACGGAACAAGUACUUUACGCUUAGGAGGGCCCUUUAAUUGCAGGAGCAGAUAUUUCUGACGCCCAAUUUGCUAUGUGUUGAAUACAAUUCAAAACACCGCUCCUGACAUCGAAAUUGUAGUUGCUAGCACAAACUAAGCUAGUUUCACGCCACUAAUCUCUAUAACAGCACUUAUUUCAAAAUUGAUUCCGUGGCUUUUUAAGGACCCAAAGUUUACCACAUUGAUAAUAAACCGAAA